AUGGGAAUCUGGCAUCAUUAUCACGCCUGCGAGCGGCAUAACCGUGGAACGCCGGCAUUCAUGGUUGUUGGCUGCGGCUGCCAAGACUUCUCCUCCAGCAGCCGGCUGCAGAAGACAAGCAACUUCAACUUCAACUGCGCAAAACAACUUCCGAUCAGCACCAUUCCCUCCGUACAUGCCUCAUUUUUCAGCAACGACUUCUCGAUCAUGUCGGCAUACGUUCCAAGCUCCGGUCCUAAACAGCAAGACUUCUCCAUGGCCGAUACGAGCGCCGCCGCCACCACUACCCUGGACGGGAGCCCUCCGCUCAAGCCUGCUGACCGUUUGAACAUGCUGCUGCACCGCCUUCGCCAGCCUUCGCCCAUCUUCGAAACCAUCGAGCAUCGCACAUAUUCAGUCAAGAUGCGCUUGCCAGCGGAAGUGCUUCAGCUCGCUGCUGCUCCCAAGUAUGCAGCUAUCAAGCGGCUUCUUGACAAUGCUUGCUCGGGCACCAAGGCCAGCACGCCAGUUCAGUCCAAGCAGCGCACAACGGCCAAGGUCUGCGAGGUUCUGGAAAUGCUAUGCGCAGCUUUGGGGGUGCCGGAACAGGCUGAGGGCAAGAAGAGAAAGAAGAGGAGGAGGAGCGGAAAUGGGAUGCUGCAGCCGCACGAGGUCAAGCAAGAGCCGGGUUUGCAGCCUGCUCAGGGCGUGGGCAGGUAUCCUCACAAGCAGCCUUCCAAGCCUUUGGCUGAUGUCGUUCAUCUAGAAUACUCCCUCGAUACAACACCCUCACGCAAGAGGAAACGCAGCGAGCCUACUGCUGCUCAAUCCAUGCAAUCAAUCAUCAUUCCGGACGAUAACGACGAUGGCGAUUACGACAAGAGUCACGAUGCAACAGGCGGUGGUCUGUUCGUGAGUGAGUCAGAGUCGGGUGGACACACUGACUUGGACAGCCCAAGCAGCGACUCGGAGCCAGAGGGAGAGGGAAGCCGUCGAGGAGCCAAGCAAUGUAGUGAGCGCGAUAUCUCUCGCUUUGGAUAUGUAUCCGGCAUCUUCGCGCAGAAUUCUCUGAAUUAUUACAUCUCUUCCGAGGCUACGGCUUCACAUAGCGCACUUUUCAGACUCACUACAUUCGCGGCUCAAUACUAUGCACUCAUAUCCUGCAGGCGUGCAUCCCGUGCCGUUUGGCGAGAGCAAUGGUAUGCUACAACAUGCACAAUCCCGAACUGGACCAGCGCAUUACUAGAAAGAUUCGCUAGCAUGAUAUGGUGUGCCGUUAAUGGAGAACAGGAGGCGGUUCAAUAUCCCAGCGAAGGCAACGGUGCUUACUCUACAACUUUUCAAUCUUCGCGAGCCGGAGCUCGUCGUUCAAGCGCAGGUGCCAAUCAAUACGAGAUGCUACUUGAUAAUCUGUUGGGUCUGCCCAAUUCCAUCGUCGUUGAGGUAUGUGAUGAGCGCUGGAAGUCUCGCAAAGGCAGCGAAGAAUCGCGAGCAGUCACAGUUGCAGAAGGAGAACCAGACCCCGAAUCAGAAUCCCGAGCAGCUACAAUUGCCAAACGAGAGUCGGAAUCGGAAUUAGAGCCAGAACGAGAAGCAAGAUUAGCAUCAGCAUCAAGCUCCCCACGGAGCCGAAUGGAGGCCAAGAAGCUAACGGAGAAGUCAGCCGCAGGCACUGCUGCUUUUCGCAAGGAGAUGGCCAAGAAGCGAGGCGGGCGAAUGCGCAAUAGUGUUGUCCACCAAGCCUUGACUCCACCUCCAUUAGAUCUAUCGUCUCCAUCGCAGCCAGGACUGAAGACAUUGGUUGUGAAACUCAACACACCAGAUCGUCGUGCUGCUGCGCGUCGUAGGCUCGAUGAUGGUGUGACCCCAACACUAGCAGCUCGUCGCCGUCCUGGUGAGCAAGAGGAUCGAGAUGCUUUCGGCCGGAAGCGCGAGAUUGGCUCUUGCGGAGCCCCUUCCGUGCGUGGCAUCGCGCUGAUCACUCCUGGGAGCGUGGUGUAUUGGGCUGGUAGCGUGAGCUCUGACGUAGUCGGCGAGGGAGGUAGUCUCCUCGGUGGACUUGGUAGAGUUGUAGCGGAGGAGCUUGGCAAGAGCCUAGCGGUUCUGGGUGUCCUCGUGGAUACCGAGCUUGAUGUUCUUGCUGAAAGGACUAUAGAACUUGUCGAAUUGCUCCUUGUCUUCGGCAAUCUCCUAGCGGUUCUGGGUGUCCUCCACUAUAGAACUUGUUGA